AGGAAAAUAGUGAGGGAAGCCACCAAGAUGCCCACAGCACCUUCAGUGGCUGUGACUGGAGAGAGGUUUUUCUUCUCCAGUCACAGUUUCGUGGAAGAGGAAAAAUGUAAGAAAAAGUUGAAUUUCAGCUGGAGUUUGUUAGUGAGCGCGGCCGCAUGCGUCACAUGACGUUUGUUGGAGAUUUUAUUGUCGUCCGCUGACUCCCGGCUUUGUUUAUUAAUUCCUGUGCUACCUGCAUGCCGUGUUUGAUCUCACACACACACACUCACACACACACACACACACGCACGCACGCGCGCGCGCAUGCAUGCACACAUGCUGCGUGUCCUCGGAGGACACGCCGAGGAUGGCGAUGCACAAGACAGCUGAUGAUGUUAGAGGAGGAGGGACUAAUGCGCGUCAUUAAAGAAAACGAGCCGCAGACAGUGAGAAGACGGCGUUGUCAGCGGCUGCAGGAGACGAGACGCUGAAGGUCAGAGGAGAAGCCCCGAGAGAACGGCCGACCCCGAAGCAACGGCUGAGGUCGAGACCGGGACUGGGACCAGGACAACACCUUGAGAAACAGCAGACACAGGAGAGGAGAAGCUGAGAUGACCGUGGGGGGACUUCAGCCCAUCACGUUAGUCCAUAAAUAACCUUCACAGGUUCAUUAUGGAACUGAGCAAAGCCUCCACUGCCACACCAGAAUUCAGUCUGGCUGUGGUAGCAGCGGCCGUUGUGAGCGAUCGUGCCAACAUGUCCGGCACCUUCCCUGCCUCCUCGCAUCCUCCGUCCUCAUGCAGCAUCGAUGAAUCAUACAAGUACGUGUUCCUGCCACUCUGCUACUCCCUCACCUUCCUGUUCAGCCUGACCAUGAACUCUGUGGUGCUCCUGCGCUCCUGCCGUCACCACGGUGGCUGCUGCGGUGGUGGUGGACGACGCUGGAACACGUCGGUAAUCUACAUGGUGAACCUCGCCACCACCGACCUGAUGUACGGCCUGUCCCUCCCCUUCCUGGUAGCGAGCUACGUGCUGAGGGACCGCUGGGUAUUUGGUGACUUAAUGUGCCGCCUGGUGCGCUUCCUCUUCUACUUCAACCUCUACUGCUCGAUCUUCUUCCUCACGUGCAUCUCCGUCCACAGGUACUUGGGUAUCUGCCACCCGAUGAGGACCAUUACCCUGGAAAGCAAGCGGUUGGUGAAGGCCACGUGUACACUGGUGUGGGUUGUAGUCUUCAUCCUCACUUGCCCCAUCUUCAGGUUUGCCCAAACAGGCUAUGUUCUGCGAGGGGGCAGCAGUGGAGAUGUUAGCUCUGUAGGAGAGAAGGACAGUGGAAACAAGACUGGACCUGAGGGGGAAGAUGGAACUGAUGGAUACAUGAACUGUUGGGAUGAUGCCAUUGAUAAAGAGUUUGCUGACUAUGUGCCAUAUGGCAUUGUCCUACACCUUCUCGGAUUCUUUGUCCCCUUUGUUAUUAUUGCCUGGUGCUACUCCCAGGUGGUCAGGACAAUAUUUCAGACCCUGCGUUCUCCUCCCAGCUCCAUAGAGAAUGGUGAAGAUGGUCCAGUGGGGGACUGCGCAGCAGACAUGGCAAGGGACAGAGAGAGAACCUCUGUGUCCAUCUCUGGCUCACAGUACUCGCACUACAUCCAGCGGCGCCGAAAAUCAAUUAAAACCAUUGUAACCAUCACACUGCUGUUCGCACUGUGCUUCCUACCUUUCCAUGUGACCCGGACACUGUUCCUGCUCCUUCGGAGGGGGCAGCUUGGCGGCUGCAACGCCAUCAAGACUGUCUCCAUCUGCUACAAGGUCACCCGGCCUCUGGCCUCCUGCAAUGCCUGGCUCAAUGCACUGCUAUACUUCCUAACAGGAGAUAAGGGCGCCCCCUGUUGCUGGCCAUUAGAACCCACCAUGCGUGGAGACCGACGGAGUGGCUCCCUCUGGUGGCCACUGCAGAUCCUGACGAAGGAGACAGCAGGAGAGGACGACCAGGAGGUGGCUGAAAAAGUCAAAACAACUGUGCAAGUGGGUCCAAUGAGUCCAAGUCUUGAAGGGUCAUUUUUUAGAAGGAUAUUUUAAAAUCGUAAUUAUUAGAUUAAAAAAUAAUAAAUAAUAAU